CCCACAGCUGGAGCUACUUUUUCUCUCAGCUUGACUCUAAUGCCCGAGUCGCGUAUUACAUCGCCACAAAUUCGACAUUGUCACACUACACGACUAAUGAUAGUUCAGGUAUGCAUACCAAUCUCAGUUUAUUUCUCCUUAAUACAGCUUCCAUAUCCAAAACCGAGGGGUAGAACCAAUCAACACAACCUACACCUAUAUGAUGAGAAUUUUUUUCAUGAACCGGUAUAUUAGGAAGAGCCGGAAGAGGAAUGGCAGGGACCCCUCUAAAAAAAAGAAGGGUGUUCACUGUCGUCGAUGCUUAUAAUGGUUCUGCUGAGUGGUGUUUUAAAGUUGUGAUUUGGUUCUAUCCAUCCCUCUCGGUUUUGGGUUGGAUUGACUGGCUGAAUUCUUUCUGUCCGCUAUAUGUGUGACUGCCAAUCUGUUGGGUACUUGUGCUGACAGGUUUAUUAUAGGUUUUCUUGACGAAGCUCAGGCCAAUAUACUAGUAGAUAGAUGGAAUACAAGUGUCUAGUAUCAUGUUGGAAGCUAUUGACGGAUCGUUUUCAUAAUUUGACAUAUCUCUAUAUCGAUUUA